AGAGCCACCCUCCCCUUCUCCCAUUGAAACACCAUCACCUGCUGCAUCACCAUCACCUGGGGUGACUUCCACCGAUGCCAUCCAGCCCGAGGUCCAGGUGGCACCUCAGGUUGCAGGGAGCAUCGUGUCAUCUGUCAAUACAGGAGGGGCAGAUGGGGGUAGAGAUGGAGAUGAAGCACAAGAGAGAGGGAGUGCAGAGGUGGAGAAGGAAGAGGUGAGGGUACAAGAGAUUGAACAGGAAGAAGAAAAACCCGAGGCUCAACCACCGCAACCAAUUCAGCAAGAGGUGAAGAAAGAGACAGAGGAGCUGGAAAAGGAAACAGCAAGUACUGGAGGCACAGGAAGGAGGCCAAGCUUGCAUCACACUGCUUCACCAAUCAGAGUGCAGAGGAAUGGAGCAUGCAGUCACUCUACAACCUCCGACUAUGAACUCUCGCUCGACCUCAAAAACAAGCAGAUCGAAAUGUUAGAGCACAAAUAUGGGGGCCACCUCAUCUCACGCCAUGCUGCUUGCAAGAUCCAGACAGCCUUUCGUCAGUAUCAGCUCAGCAAAAACUUUGAGAAGAUCCGAAACUCCCUCCUGGAAAGUCGUUUGCCACACCGUAUCUCCCUGCGAAAAGUGCGGGUGCAAAAUACAGAGGGUAUCUCAGCUGAACGGGCACUGGCUGAAGGCUGCAAUCUGACAAGUAUCCCCCUUGUCCGGUCCCCGUCCCUGCCAACCACGGUAGGUGGCUCCCUUACUGAUCUUGAAGAUUCCUUUAAUGAGCAAGUCCAGUCCCUUGCCAAAUCCAUUGAUGAUGCACUUAGCAACUGGAGCAUGAAGACCAUGUGUUCACUCCAAGAAAGUGGCACCUACCAGUUUAGCUCAGAGGCCUUUAGUACGGCUGGUGACAAUACUGGGUUGGCAGGAACAGUCCGAGAAUGUGGCCCCAUGGACCCUGCCACCUUCCAUAGUGGAACAGGCCAAGUAGACAACUCUGAGAACGUGGCCCGUAGUGCCAGCAAGCUGAUGAUGGCCUUCCGGGAUGUGACAGUUCAAAUUGACAGCAAGAAUUUUCAUGUGUCCUCUUCCGUUAUGGAGUCCUCCACCUCUGUUUCCCUUGGUAAUUGUGUUCAGCAGGGGGCCAUAAUUACUGAAAGCCCACAGCAACCUCUGGUCAAUGAUGCAAAGGAACAGCAUCAACAAGGACAGCCACCGGCAUCCCCCCAGUAUCCAGCUCCUCCACCCCUAGAGUGGGAUGCUGAGGAAGUACUAGAUGGCGACUUCCCAGAUCCUCCCCCAAGUGAGGAGGAGCUUGGGGAGGAUCUUUCACCUCUGGCAAUGGAGAAACAGGAAGUUCCAGAACCAGCAAUUCUAGCAGAGACAGCAAUAACCUCUGAAACCUUGUCUCCACCAGAGGUUGCAGAGAUGCCAGUCACACCAACUGUAGAGGUUUUGGAAGCUAAACGAAUUGAGUCAGACACAGCGGACAACAGCUCAGAGCAGAUGAGUAGCAGCAGUACAUCCACAUCAGCCCGGUCGACUUCUGAGGUCUCUUCCAAAGAGGCUUUACAGGCGAUGAUUCUUAGCUUGCCCCGAUACCACUGCGAAAACCCAACCAGUUGCAAAUCUCCUACCCUCUCUACUGACGUCAUUCGAAAACGUCUAUAUCGUAUUGGUCUCAACCUCUUCAACAUAAAUCCAGACAAGGGCCUCCAGUUUCUCAUCUCCCGUGGGUUCAUUCCAGAUACGCCUAUAGGUGUGGCACACUUCCUGCUUCAGAGAAAGGGGCUGAGUCGACAGAUGAUCGGCGAGUUUCUUGGCAACAGCAAGAAGCCAUUUAACAGAGAUGUGUUAGACUGUGUGGUGGAUGAGAUGGAUUUCUCGGGGAUGGAGUUGGAUGAGGCUCUGAGGAAGUUUCAGGCUCAUAUCCGUGUGCAAGGUGAAGCACAAAAAGUGGAAAGACUGAUAGAGGCAUUCAGCCAGCGUUACUGUAUGUGUAACCCAGAUGUGGUGCAGCAGUUCCACAAUCCAGAUACAAUCUUCAUCCUUGCGUUUGCCAUCAUCCUCCUCAACACAGACAUGUACAGUCCCAACAUCAAACCUGACCGGAAGAUGAUGCUGGAAGACUUCAUCCGCAACCUAAGAGGGGUUGACGAUGGUGCAGAUAUUCCACGGGACAUGGUAAUGGGAAUAUAUGAGCGUAUUCAGCUGAGGGAAUUACUAUCAAAUGAAGACCAUGUCACUUAUGUCACCAAGGUGGAGCAAAGCAUUGUGGGAAUGAAAACGGUUCUGUCAGUGCCUCACAGGAGACUAGUGUGCUGCAGUCGACUGUUUGAAGUGACUGAGAUCAACAAACCCCAGAAGCAUGCUGCUCACCAGAGGGAGGUCUUCCUCUUCAACGACCUACUUGUGAUUUUGAAAUUGUGUCCAAAGAAGAAGAGUUCAGCUGCCUAUACCUUUUGCAAGGCCUUGGGGCUACUGGGGAUGCAGUUCCACCUGUUCGAAAAUGAAUACUAUCCUCAUGCCAUAACUAUUUUGUCUCCGUGUUCGGGUUCUGAUAAGAAGCAGGUGUUGAAUUUCUGUGCUCAGAGUGCAGAGGACCUGCUCAAGUUCGUAGAGGACCUGAAGGAGUCCAUCGCUGAGGUGUCAGAGAUGGAACAGAUACGUAUUGAAUGGGAGUUGGAGAAACAACAGGGAGCCAAAAGUCACUCCAUAAAGAAUAACGGGACUCUUGAGCUGAGGGGAAGACAAGGUUCUCCUUCUGGCAAACAGGAAAUGAUCACGUCACAGAGUGGACACAAUGCAGUAGAGGUGUCAAUUCACAACAGGCUUCAGACGUACCAGCUCAAUGCAGCACCGCAGAGUCCUGAGAGCCCCGCCUUUCUCAACCACCAGAGGGAGUUCUUCCAGCAAUCUCCGUUGCAAUGUGCCAGCCCCUUAACCUCACACUCCUACCAGCCCGUGGCCCUGGCUGAGUUACGACCCGACACACUCAUCCAGUGUCAGCAAAUCGUCAAGGUCAUCGUUUUGGACAAAGGCGGUCACAGACCUAUGGAGGCGUUCCUUAGCCAGAGCCCCACUCAUCACCAACUCAUCCAGUCUGUCAUCUCCACACCAGUGCGCUCACGCGAUGGCGGAGUCAACCAGGGGGGGAACUAUGGUUCACAACCACCCUUGCCUCCACCACCACCACCAUAUAACCACCCUCAUCAGUAUAUACCCCCAGAUCCCCGUCUUGCACUGCAGAGGACCCCAAGUGGCUCUCGUAGCCUCAUAUAGAGUUCAAACCAAUAACUAUAAAACACUCCAGGUGCACUUUUGACAGAAUGUAUCUACAUAUGUAUAUGCAUAAAAUAAAUAUAAUGUAAAAAAUAAAAUAAAAUGUUAUCAAUAUGCACAUAUUUAAGGUAAGAGACAUGAAGACUUUAUUGACUUUGCAGAUAUGUGAUACAACCAAUAAGAAAAUACAAUUUACCUAAUUGCUGGUUAUUUUUAAAUAAUAUGUAGUUUUAUCAAAUUUAUAUAAUGGUUCUCGUCUUUCUGGACACUCUCUGAGGUUAUAUCAUCGAGUACUUGUUCUUGAUAAUGUGACACCCGAUUAUACCGGUUUAAAUUUUGCCGACACUUGCUUUUGUGCGGGAGCUGGUUUUACGUGUAAAAUCACCCUCUUUGGCUUUUAUUAUCCUACUGAUGUGUGUGUGUGUGUGUGUGUGUGUGUGUGUGUGUGUACAUGUGUGUGUGCUUUUGUCUGGAAAAUUAUAUAUGUGCCAAAAUGAGGACUCCCUCCUCCAUGGACUUUUUGCACUGUUGAACGCUUAGGGCUAGAGCAAACAUGUUUAAAUCAAUCAAAAAAAAAAAAAAAAAAAAAAAAAAAUUAAGUUAUACCAUUAGCCACAAACUGUUCCAUCCCCCAUUCAUAUGGAUAUGUUGUAUUCCUGUGAAAUGUGUAUUACUUCCUAAUUAUCACCUGUUUUUGAAAAUGUCUUUUAUGCCACUCCUUUUAACUGAUAUAUGUGUUUAAAUUGAGAAUGUAGAAAGUAUAAAGGCCCUUUCACGUGACUUGUCUACAUUCACGUGUCAACAUUCAAGUCAAAUGCUGCAAUGCACCUAGCAAAAUUAGGAUGAUUUCAGAUUUGAUUUGCUUUUGAUGUUUUUAAACAUAACCAAAGAUUAUCAGACGUAUCAUGACCUAUCAUGUGAGCAGUGCCAAUGCAAAAAUGAAAACAAGAAAUUUUGAACAACACAACAUAAUUUGCUAUUGGUGUACACAUUUUGAACUGUUUAUGUACAUGUGCUUUCUUUAUUGUUUUAGUUCCAUUAAUUCCAGCAGACUUCCACAAUAUGGCAGCAUACCAGGUUAUUUAGUGUGCAUUUAAACUGGAUUUGGGAGGUUUGGCAAUGAGAGUGGGAAUUUUAUCCUAUUUAAAGCUCAAACAUGUGUUACCUCUGGUGUUACCACUGCAUAUAUUCCUACUAGCAACAUCAUAAAAAGGGUUGUGUUAAAGCCCUGACAUGAGUCAUGUGAAAGGACCUUUUAUGCGUGGAAACGCAUCGCGGCUCAAUGGCGAAAAAAAAGAGCCAGUUAUAGCCCGCUAUAGCUAUAGUUCUCAUGCUCAGGAAUUUCAGAAAGUACCUGAAAGAAGAUGAUCUUUUAAUGCUUGUACUUGAACUUUAUGUAGCAACUUGGAACGUAUAAGGCCCUUGUGAAAAGGCCAUUUGAUCCCAGCAACCAUCUUUGGACAAUGUAUGUGUUUGUCUGAUAUUCUGUGAAAAGAUGACAGUUACAUCACUUUCAACACAUGACUUAGACAAUGUAAUAUUGUCUCAGUGUUAUUAUACUAUAGUGUUAUUGCUUCAUCACAGCUAUAUAAUGCGCCCAGGAAAUACCCUUCAGCACCAUCAAACUAGCUCUGCCAUUUGACUCCUAAAACUCUUGUUUAAUACUUUUCGAUAACCUUGAGUGACACUUGAUACAUCAACUGAGAUUCAACAUUGUUGGCACAAAACACUUUAACCUGAAUGUUUGUCUGGUUCAAUCUGAUUCUCAAUCUGAUUUUAUCAGCUGAAUGGAAAAAUGAUCAAUGGUUUAUUUUUGUUUUGCUUGUAUGUAGCUCUCAUACAUCAGCAUAAAGCAUCAAUGAAUUAGCUCUGAUAAAUGUUAACUACCCACCAUUUCUGAUAAAGGUUGUCAUCAACAUAAACAUUUAGAGUCAACAUGAAAUGUAAUUCACCACCUAUUUUGCCUCCAAAAUUAGAUGUAUUAAGGGUGUUGUGUUUAAUAACAUUUGAAGAAAAGUCAAAUCAUGAAACAUGAAUGGAAUAAUGGAGCCAGACAUAAAUUUGGGUUUGCCAGCUCUCCAAGGGAUAUGGAGGCUAAAGGUGAAAUUCACCCUCAAGAUCAAAUCUGACAUUGCCUAAAUAGCUAUUUGGCUGUUGCCCCUUACAACCGUGGUGAUAUUAUCUGGGGAAAAGAAAGUCAUUUCAGAGGCACAAAAGCCAGGAAUGUGUAUUUAUUAGGUUUCACGUUGACUUUAAGCUGUAGUAUUUAUAGCAUUCCCAACUGAUGUGUCUGAGGUACUGUAGCUGUGUGUCCUAUUUCCUCUGUUUUCUUCUAUGAUUGUGGGUUUGUUUCAUAAUUAUAUUGCUGCUCUUUGGAGCUCCCAAUCUGAUCUUCAUUUCCUCUUGUAAUUGUUUCUUUAUUUCUAUGUAUGGGGCUGAUUUGGGAUGACGAACACCAGAUCUUGAGAGAAACUCAACACAUGAGUUUACUGCAUAAUCUGGACAUCAGCAGAUUGUCAUCUUUUCAUAAUAUAUGCUCCAAUUUAUUCUCAAUUAAUAAAUUAUGCAUUAUUUUAGUUCAUGGUAAAGGAAUAGGUCAUUCCAAAAUGGAUAUUCUGUCAUUAUUUAAUCUUUUUCAUAUCAAACCCUGGUGUUGUGUCAGAAUAAUAAAUACACUUAAAAUAAAAUAAAACUGUGACUUUGUCACAGAAUUGUCACUUCAUAUAUUCUAAUAAUUGUGACUUUAUUUCUGUUUUUUAUCAAUCCAGGCUAAUUGGAAAAAUGUACAUGUCACAACAUUUCUGGAAAAUGAUGGUGUGUUGCUUCCAGUAUGUUAAAUUUUCUCCAAAAUAGAUGAACAUGAUUGUGCUAAAAUUUUAUUGCAUUGGUUGUUGUACAUAUUUCUGCAGUUUGGAAAUUGAAUGUCUGGUAAGUGGUGCUAAAAGUUUAAUGAUUUUGUUGCAGUGAAAAUAACGUACCACCUACACUAAAACCUUAGUCAAAACCAAACCGAUAGUAUUUUAAACAUGAGUUUAAAAUGUCUCUCCUGAAGCAAAAUUGCAGUUUGAGAUCAUGUGCCUUGCCUUUAUUUAACAUAGUAUAGAAAAUGCCCAAAGAACCACACAUAAAUAAGUCUUUAUCAGUCUAUAAUCUGCCGUUACAAUCCUAUAAUAAUUUUGGGGAAAAGGGAUAAAAGUUGUAGGGGUUUUACUGCCACUAGUGUUCAUUUUAGCUGAACUGCAGUGAAUUGUAUAAAGAAGCACAUUUUCCCAAUGAGCUUGUGUUGGAGUCACUAAUCAGAAAGGUUAUUGUGAAUAUUAUUCAAAAUAUCUCCUGCAUAUAAAAUAAUAGCAAACACAACAUGACGGUGUGCAAAUAAUGUUGUCACAGAGAUCUAUUAUUCUCUUUGAUCAAACAUUUAACAUUUAAUGGAGAAUAGAAAUAGGUGAAUAGCACAACCAGCUCCAAAAAUUUUAAAGUGAAAGAAUCAGCACUAGAUUCCUUUCUAUAAAAUACUGAGUGACAGGAGUUCACUUUUUGUCUUUAUCUUUUUAUAGCCUUGCAUUUGCCCCUGAGAGAGUUGGCGUGGAGGUGAUAGAAACAGGAAGCCAGAUAAAUUGUGCAUGACCCUGGUUUGAAGAAUUUUAUUAUGCUUCAGCGAAUGUGUCCUGGCUAGCAAAUGAGAUGUGAUCUAACCCAACAGAUGAGUGUUGAAUUAAAGCCCUUCACACAACCAAAUGUUAUGAUGCUAACACUAACCUUGGUUUAGCCUACAGAAGGGCUGUUGCACUGGUGUGUUAUGCUGCCUUCAAAUCCUGUUAGAAUGAUGGUAUUUAUGAGAUGAGUGCAAAUAAACGACACCACAAUAUUUUAAUCAUUAUUAGUUUGUACGCUAAACUUGUUUAUGUUUUGUUUAUGAAAAUACUACUAAUUUAGCUAGUUUUUGAGAUUUAUGUGAGAUAAAACCAUGGAUACUGUGUAUAUUUUUACCUUUGUUUUGAAGCAGUAGUGAUAAAAAGCUUUGUUCAAAUGUGAUGCCAUGCAGAAAAAUGCAUCUUAAAAUGACCAUUUUAUUCUGAACAAAAUCAUUUGAACACAUUUUUUAGAACUAACAGUAGAAUUUUAAGCCAGUGUAACAUCAACGUUUAUUAGUGCUAAUUUUGACAAAGUUAUUGUGUGUGUUAGCAAAUUAUAUGUUUGAAAGUCAAUCUGUCCCAUUAUCCAACUGAUAGUUUUACUCUCUAUAUAUUGUAGAUUUACACAUUAUUAAUCAUGUUUUCUGUCUAUUCCAGACCUACAUGAGUGGUCUGGCUAUUUAUUUGCUGUCCUUUUCAGACUGACUUGAGUGGUUUGUGGUAUAAGCACAUGAUAGAGACUUUUUAAACUUUAAUUCAGAACUGGAUCAACACAGGUCAAAGGUAACAGAGGUCAUCUAACUAAUAGUGUCUAUUUUUAUUUUCUGUCAGAACUGCUGCUGAAAUGGAAGGUGGUAAUAAAAUAUCAUUGUGCAGCAUAUUGAUUUUGGUUUUUAUACUGCUGCUAUGCCCUACUGAAGUGUUAGUGUUUGUAAAAGUAUGCAAGAAUAAAGUAAAACCAUAGUUCUACUCAA